AUGUAUUCUGAUGUAUACAAAGUAAGACAAAAAGAACAAAAACAAUUAAGAAAAAAAGAAAACAUCAAAUUAUAUGAGCAAGUAAAUAUUACACUUGAAGAAAAAGAAUGUUUUGAAAAAUUAGUUGAAAAGAAAAUAUCAAAUGUUCUGUUUGACAGCGAAAAAGAUGAUUGGUUACAAGAAACUUCUGUUUUCAAUUUACGUUUAUUAAAUAAAGAAAAUGUCUGUAUUUUGAUAGAAGAUGACAAUAAUAAUAAAUUUGGAGGAGUUGUCUCAUGUAAAAUUCAAAAUACAAACACAUGGCUAGGAAAUGGAAAUUCGUUUAUCUUUUCAUUAACGAAAAACGGGGAAAGAAAUUGUAAAAAAUAUACACCUAAUAAUGGUUUCGAAUGCGGCAACGAAUUCAUAUUAAGUCCAAAGGGGCACAAAUUGCUUUUUAUGUUUGGUGGAUGUAAGGGCAAUGAUAUUCGUGUUUAUAAAAAGAAAACUGAUAAAAGUUGGUGUUCUCCUUGCACAUACACUGCUAAAGCUGGUGAUUUAACAGGUACAUACUACUUUGAGCCAAAACGUAUUGUUGUUUUUCAAUUAAUUUGA